CAUACCGUCGCCGGACUACGAUUCAUUUCUACCACGAAUAUUCUUACAUUGUUCUCCGGGAGGUUUUCUCUUUUACAUUCUUUGUGACUUAUAGACUACAUGGGGCGUUCUGCGGAGCUCUGGAUCGAGACUUUGAGGACUGGCAGCGUGAGAUGUUUCCAUUUUUAUAUACUCCCUAUGGGGAAGCGUUUGGUUUUUGGUGUACAAGAAUUGGGAUUGGCGGCGUGUGAUUUUGAUUUUUUUUCUCCCCCCCCCCCCCUUCCAAUGUAUCUAUCUGCAUUCGAUGAACAAAUUGGUUGCAUCUAUAUUAUUGUGUUACUAUCAAUAAGCUCAAUAAGGCUCCACAUGAGCGGCAGCCCGCAUCGUCGGGACAGAUUCGUCUAAACAAACCUUUGACAGAAAAACAAAAAUACACACGCCUGCAUUCUCCACGGGUCUAGACCUUGCCCAGGGUCGGCUCGAGGGUCUGGAUUUUCGGGGGCUGCGCAGCGCCACUGUGGCAUUUUCACGUGAUUGAAUGCUGUAAACAGUGCAAAAAAGAUAAACAUGGCAAAUAUAU